AACAGCUUCCACCUUGUAUUGACUGGAUGUGGAUCUUUUAGACCGAUGCCGAGCUGAUAUAAAUCUCUUUUGAUCUUGGAUUAUGUAGGCAGCACCUACUUUGGGUUAUCCAGAGAACUAUUUUGCUAUCGAUUUUCACGACUUGAAUCGAUACUCGUACAAUGGCUAACGUCCCCCAGACCUACAAAGCAGUUCAAUGUCCUACACCUGGCUCUCCUUGGGAAGUCGUAACUCGUUCUAUCCGCGAACCCGGUCCCAACGAAAUUCUGAUUCGUGUACACGCCUCUGGCAUCUGUAACUCUGAUCAUUUUGUCAAAGACGGCUCAUGGCCUGGCCUUCAAUACCCCAGGGUCCCAGGACAUGAAGUUGUCGGACGGAUCGCAGGAAUCGGGUCAGAUAUCAAGGCCAAGGAUGGUGAAUCCGGGCGAUUCAAGCUCAAUGGCUUGGUAGGCGUUGGCUGGAACGGCGGGUUCUGUAAUCGCUGCGACAACUGCCGCCAGGGCGAGUUCUGGACGUGUAAGCAUGCUGCCUACACCGGAUUCAGCCAUGAUGGUGGACACGCCGAGUACGUGUAUGCCCCGGAAACAUCCGUAAUCACCCUUCUCGAGGAAACCCUUCAGAAUUUCUCAUACGCUGAACUGGCGCCUCUCUUCUGCGCCGGAGCGACAGUAUUCGACGCUAUCCGAACCACUAAAUGGUGCCACGGCGACAUUUGCAUUGUUCAAGGAAUUGGUGGACUGGGACAUCUUGCUGUACAAUAUGCGGCUAAAAUGGGACUAAAGGUCUACGCUGUCUCAUCGGGAUCCUCCAAGCGUGACCUUGCUCUAUCUAUUGGUGCUCACGAGUACAUCGACUCCAGCAGCACGAAUGUUGUUGAGAAAAUCCAAGCUCUCGGCGGCGCCAAAGUGAUCAUCUGUACGGCUCCAUACGCCGAACAAAUCAACGCCAUCAUCCCUGCCAUUGCUGUUAACGGCACAGUUACCCUCGUCUCUGCCGCAACGGAUACCGAAAUCAAGGUGUGGAACUUGGUGCUCAAUAUGAAUCGUGCCACGAUUCGAGGUUGGUCGUGCGGGGCUGCACCGGAUAUGGAGAAGUGCGUUACCUUUUCGACGAUCACGAACGUCAAGCCUAUCGUGACGGAGCACAAGUUGGAGGAGUUUAGUGAGGCGUACGAGGGCGUGAUGAAGAAUACGGCGAGGUUCAGGAAUGUCGUCGUCUUCCCUUAGAAAUGUGAUGUAAAGGGCUUUCAUGAAUACAAUUGUGUACAUGACCACUGUCAAAGCUGCCAGUAUUUCGGGCAUUCUAUCC